AAAGUGACUCAUGUUGCAAUUCCAAAUUUCCCUGAUAAUGGCAUAAUAGUUUUUGGACUUGUUUUGUAUAACGAAAUGGAUAUCGUUUACGAUAAAAAUUUGUAUCCUGUUGCUCACAAAAUCGAAGUAGCUCAAUUAGUAGGACAUAAAGUGACACAGCAAUGGUUUUAUAAUCUGAACAAUCCGUUUCGAUCGGCUUCUUGGUUCAACAAAGCUCUUACUACAUUGCUUGCAAUGAAUACUGUCAAUAAGAUUUAUCCAGAUAAUCGAAUAAUAAAUUUAUUUGUUGUUCAAAAUCAACAUACUUCUUUUUAUUUGGAUGGUGAUUAUCGUAUGUGGAAUUCUACUUCAGAAGAUGACAGUUUAUUGAAAAUUCGCGAAUCCAUCAGAGCACCCUGUAUACUGCGCAUGAUGCAACACGCCGUAACCAAAGAAAUAUUUCAAAAAGGCGUUCGCUCAUAUACAAAUAGCACCCAAUUUCAUCGUCAAAGUUUUAUGACUUUUUUGGAAGAAGUUGUUGCUGAUGCAAAUAAGCUAGAUAAACUUCAAUUAUCAUUACAAACAAUGGCAAAUUGGACUUUAGAAGAGCAUUGUCCUCUUAUCAAAGUAGAACGAACUUAUGGUCUUUUGAAAAAGACGAAAAUAAAUUUAUCGAUACAAAAUCCCGACACAUUAAAAAUUGAUUGCUUACCUGUAACUUAUACUAUCCAGUCGGUUCCCGAUUUUGACAGUCUUGAUCACCGCGCGCUAUGCAAAUCACAAGAUGAUGUUAUUUCAUUCUCAAUAGAAGAGAAAGGUUGGGUUAUAAUCAAUUUACAACAAAUUGGAUAUUACCGCGUUAACUAUGAUGAUGAGAAUUGGCGAAGAAUUUCAAAUUAUCUAUCAUAUAAUGAUUUUACGACAAUUCAUGUUCUUAAUCGUGCUCAAAUUAUCGAUGAUGCAUUUCAUUUAGUGAUAGCAGGCCAACUCAACGCCUCUAUAUUCUGGAAUAUCACAUCGUAUUUGGAUAAAGAAGAAGAUUAUAUAGCAUGGUAUCCUAUGUUUAAAGCUCUGGAAUACAUGUUUAGUAUUUUUCCAGUGAAAGUAAAAACUGCAAAAUUUGGGAAUAGAAUAAAUGGGAUAAAAACCAUAUUACACGAGUUACUUGCAAAAAUCCAAUAUGAAGAAAUUGAUGAUGCAGAUGAACUUAGAAUAUGUUUACGACAAGAAGCUGCAAGAUGGGCAUGUUUUCUCGGUGACAUCACUUGUAUAAAAGAAGCAAAAAUAAAUUAAAACAACAUAUCAAAGAUCCUAUUAAACACAGACUUUUGCCAUGGUGGAAGACAUGGACAUAUUGUAGAGGUUUGAUGAUAACUACGAGAAAUGAGACCAUUUUUGGAACAAUGUAUACGAGAGGAUUGGAAAAAACUGACAUUAAAUUUUCAGAAUAUUUCGCUUGCAUUGAAGAUACUGAUUUCAUCAAAAACUAUUUUAGAGAGAGUCAUAAACAGCACACUUAUACAAAACAGGGAAAUCAAUUUCUCGUUAACAGUUUCUUACAUUUUAUUACGAAGCAUGCGAAGAAUUUAAGUAUACUGGAGUAUAUAUUCAAAAAUUUUAACGAAAUAAAACCAAAAAAUGUUAAUAUAAUUGCAGCA